AAAUAUCCGUGCCUCUCUUAUUUCUUAUACAUUUAGUUAUUUUUUUUUUUUCUAUUUUAGUAUAGGCACUUAGGUGUGGUACACACAACAUAAAAUAUGAGCGUGUAAUCGCAUUUACAAUGUGUUGUGCAGUAAAGAAUACUCCCUUUACGUCGUAGUCAGUACCUUUGUGGAACUCGCAGGCACUUUAAUUGUUUUUCUGAAACGUUUUUUAUUGUGUAGGUUUGGUAAACGCUCCGAAUCAAAAUACAUGCUUUUUUCCACCGUUGUAUAAAUGAGUACAAAACUAUAUAUAAUCUUUACAAAUUUGUUUAUGUCGAUAAAUAUUUUUUUCAAAUUUGUUUAAAUAGUAAAUAUUAUCUGUUACGUAUGAGGGUAUUUGUCCUGAUAUUGAGAUUCCUUAAGUCAGAGAAUGUGUGGGUAGUGACGCAUAAAAGCGAAAUCGCAGAAGAGGUUAUUUUAAUUUUCUAAAAAAAGUGUCAUACAAUCGAUCGCAAAUCUUAUCAGAGAUAAGAACAGUAUUUGAAAACUUAUAACGCUGGUUUGACACAUCCGCGGACAACCGAUAGUGACUGUUGUGUGUGACCUACCUUGUAGUAAAUAAUAGUGGACAAAAUGGGUUCAGUAAAAAAGUAUUUCAAGAAACAAUUUCGACGUAAUAUGUUUGGUUUAAAAUAUAAAAGUAAUUCAGAUUUUUACUUGAGUUGUUUUCAAAGUAGUACGUCGGCACUACCGUUGUUGAUUGUGAGAUUAUUGCUUUUCUUAACAUGCCUGGGAAUUUUUAUAUCAUCACUUACAAUCACAACAAUGUACUUCUCAAAUGCAGGACUAUGGUUCUUAUACAUGACAUCUUGGGGCGUAAUGUUAAUAACUAUAACUAGUGGUUUUGGAUUUGUCGUGUCAGCUACAAUUUACCUUAAAGGAGAUCCUGAUGACAGCUCUGGUCUACCUUGGUAUAUUAAGGUGUAUUGGGCGUUGUACACAUUGACAAUUCCAAUAGCAUUUUUCAUAACCGUCUUUUAUUGGGCCUUUUUAUCAAGUGCAAACGAGGAGUUCGCCGUAGACUCCGUGCUGGACAUCUUCAUCCACGCGAUAAACAGUGUCAUUAUGUUCCUUCUGCUCAUCACAGCUCGACAACCAACAAAUCUGCUCCACUUUUACAUCUCUAUACUAUUUGCUAUUGUUUACGUUAUAUUUACUGUGAUAUAUUAUUCCGUUGAUGGAAGAGACCCGUUCGGCAAUCCUUACAUUUAUCCUGUAUUAGAUUGGAACAAUGCCGGUACAUCCAUGAUCACGGUUGUAUUUGCAGCUAUAUUGAUUAUUGUUUUUCACUUCCUAACUGCAAUGAUGACCGUUGCAAGAGACGCCUUUAGUCGAUGGUGGACGAGAAAUGAUGACAACUUUCAAUUAGCCUAAGCCGCAACAUUAAGUGCCAUAAUUGUGGAAUAAAAUCGCCACAACUCUUAACAUUGCUAAUUGCCAAAGUUGUAAUUUUUACAUGGAUUACUAACUAUAAAAUAUAUAAAAACUUUUAAAUAUGUGAGAGCGAGUGUAUGCAAGUGUUAUCCCAUAUGUGACGAUAGGUAUAUUUUACUUAAUUCUGUUAUCUUUUUUUGUGAAAAGAUCUUAACUAGAGUUGUUUAUUACACUGAUAAGUUUUCUGUGACGGAAUGUAAAAUCUGAAUAAAGACAACAUUUUAUUGCGAUUUUUACAUAUGUAUAUAUUAAAAGGAACUCAAACUGUUCGUUGACGUUAAAUAUAUUAAUUACUAUUAACGUGACUUUGUAAAUAAAUUGUAUACUUAAGCUUUAUUUUUAUUGGCAAAUAUGCGUCCAUUUACAAUUAACCCUAGUGUCGAAGGUUCUUCGUUAAAUAUAUUUGAAUAAGAAGAAACGUCGAUUUACGAUUUCCAUUAGAGGUAUUAAAAAAAAGGUAUAAAUAUAAAUGACAGUAGCUUAACAUACUACUGGAGGAAUCUAGUUCCUCCAGAAAUUUGUUACAAAUACUUUAUGAUUGAAAUAUUUAAUUAAAAGUCCAAAAUAUUA